UUGACUUGUACCUACACAUUUGUAUAAUUAUGCCUUAUUUGACAUCAGUCUCUUGUUAUUUUUUACUGCUUAUUUAGAAUGUAUUAUUACCAUUUCUAUUGUUCGUCUUUGUUAUUAUAAUAUAUUAUGUGUGAGUUGAUUUGUUGAUGAACAGGGGACGUCUUGAGUCGACCGUGCAUGGACUUCUUGAACGUGACCUUCAUAAAGUUGGUAGUAUUUAGGACCCUGAGGAGAUGAGUGUGGCUCAGACGACAGUGAAGCGUGUGUCCCACAGAAUACAAUGUGUGACAGUCAGUGCCAUACACUGAAGAGACGGGACAUGAAGCCAACGCAACAUAUGCUAUUUCUCUUUGUCUGUGUAAAACUAUAUGCUGUAAAAGAGAAGCUGAGUGGGACUUUAAAAUGGGAACAUGUAAACAGUUCAAAGUGGACUACAGCCCUGGAGUGUUGAGAUUCAUCAACAGUCUGCAAUGAAGACCUUAACAACCAGACUUGUGUGAACAAUGGCAGAGUCCUUCUAUCCGGUCAUCGCUCCUGCUCCAAACCUCUCUUCCUCCGCUCUCCCGACUGUCCCCUCCGAUCUGGGCGUGGUCACGGGCUCCCAGUCCGAAAUCAAGGACCUGUUUGGCCUCUUCUGCAUGGUGACCCUUGACCUCAUUGCGCUGUUGGCUAACACGGGCGUCAUGGUGGCUAUCGCGCGCGCCCCUCAUCUCAAACGCUUCGCUUUCGUCUGCCAUCUUUGUGCUGUCGACGUCCUGUGCGCCAUUCUUCUGAUGCCGCUGGGAAUCAUCUCAAGUUCGCCGUUUUUCGGGACAGUUGUUUUCACCAUUUUGGAGUGCCAAGUUUAUAUAUUUUUAAACGUCUUUCUUAUUUGUUUGUCUAUUCUUACUGUUACCGCUAUUAGCAUCGAGCGCUACUUUUACAUCGUCCACCCCAUGCGUUACGAAGUGAACAUGACCGUGAACCUCGUUAUUGUCGUCAUGUUGCUCAUUUGGAUCAAAUCUCUUCUACUAGCGAUGGUAACGCUUUUUGGCUGGCCCGCGUACGGAAGCCAUAGCUCAAUUUCCGCGGCGCAUUGCUCUCUCCACGCUAGCCACAGUAGCCUAAGAAAAGUAUUCGCUGUACUUUUUAGCGUGGCCUGCUUCAUGGUGCCUUCGUUUGUGAUUUUUGCCGUUUAUUGCGCGGUGUACAAGGUUGCGAGAUCGGCGGCCUUACAGCAAGCACCCGUAGUAGCGUCGUGCCCGGCUAAAGAUCGCUCAGAUUCGAUAAAUAGUCAAACAACAAUGAUCGCAACGAAUAGAACUAUCCCGCAACGGUUGUCUCCUGAAAGAGCGUUCAGCGGCGGAAAAGCAGCGUUAACUUUGGUCUUCAUCGUGGGUCAGUUUUUGAUCUGCUGGUUGCCAUAUUUCAUCUUCCACCUCCAGAUGGCGCUAAGCGGGUCCAUGCAAAGUCCAGGAGAUCUAGAGGAGGUGGUGAACUGGCUCGCCUUCUCGUCCUUCGCGGUCAACCCGUUUUUCUACGGGCUUUUGAACCGCCAGAUCAGAGACGAGUUGGUGAAGUUCAGAAGAUGCUGCUGGACCCAAACGGCGGAGAUGGGGACGUCCAGUCAUGAAGGGUCGCUUCAGGAGAACUUUCUGCAGUUCAUUCAAAGGACCACAGGGGGCAGUAGCAGUGGCAGUAGUAUUAGUAGCUCAGGCAGAAGGAGCAGUCUCAGAAGCAGUGGGGAGCGAGAGCAGAAGAUCCCAGGACAGGUACUAGAGGAGGCUUCAUAGACAAAUACACUGGACUUUAUAAUUUCUGUUAAAUGGACUCAAACACUUUCAAUGUGUUCUGGAAAUUUCCAAGACAAAAAAGACUGAUAUAACCCUGAAGCUGAAUGAUUGUAAACCAACCUGAACAUUACGAUUUAAACUGUACACUACUUUUUUCUGGUCAAAGCCAUGGGAACGUGCUUAUGUUCCCACAGCCCUAUCUUCCUUCAUUUUUAAGUUUUUUUGUUUUUUCUCUCCAAAAUUAGGCCCAAUAUUCCCAUUUCCUUCAUCAAUUUGCAUCAAAUUUCAUCCCCAUUUCUCCCAAUCUGAUCGUCAGUUACACCCAACCUAUUCUCCAGCAGCAGUUGAUUACAGAUGUAAUGUAGAGAUCAUAGUGCAAAUGCAGUGUAA